CCGUGGCGUCAUCGGUCCGGGCCGCGGCCUUUAGCACAAGGGAAGGGAAACCUGGGAAUAGGAUGGCGGCGGGGCCGACGCGACCCCCUCGGCCCCGGAAGGAGCCGCAGCAGCUGGUCAUCCCUCGGAGCGCAGCAGAGGAACAGCGCCUCAAGCUAGAGAGACUAAUGAGGAAUCCGGAUAAGACAGUUCCAAUUCCUGAAAAGCUCAAUGAAUGGGCACCCCGUCCACCUCCAGAAUUUGUCAGAGAUGUUAUGGGUUCCAGUGCUGGGGCUGGGAGUGGGGAAUUUCAUGUCUAUCGGCAUCUUCGGCGACGGGAAUAUCAGAGGCAAGAUUUUAUGGAUGCCAUGGCUGAGAAGCAAAAACUAGAUGAAGAAUAUCAGAAGAAGCUUGAAAAGAACAAGAUGGUUGCAGAAGAACAGACAGCCAAGCGCAGAAAGAAGCGCCAGAAAUUGAAAGAAAAGAAAUUGCUGGCAAAGAAGAGUAAACUUGAACAAAAGAAUGAGCAUGCAGCUGCAGAUUCUGACCAUUCCCCCAAAGAGCAGACCAGUGAAGAUGAGGCUUCUGAAGAAGAGGAGAAAGAUGAUGUGGAGGAACCCAGCUUUGUGAUGAAGAGAUGAUAGUGUUGGUGCUCUAGUUCAUAUCCAACUAGUGUCAAGGAGCUGAAGCCCAAGCUGAAUAAGAGGGCUUUUCUGCUCUUUUGGACUUCACUGUGGCAGUGAUAUGGCCAUUACAGUCCCAUGGGAUAUUAUUGCUGGAUCCAAGUCAAAUGAAACUUUCUUAUAUAACUGCUGUGCAGGGUUUCAGGGAAAAGUGUCAGCAUCAUGUAACUCUCUAGUUCCUCUGCUGUUGCUCCCAAGUGACAUUGCUUCAUCCGUCUAUGUCUUUAAGCAGGUCUUCUCCUGAGAGACCUAAAUAUACAGAAUGGAUUUGUGUGGCUGGGAGAUGGACUUGACUUUGAGGCAGGAAAUAGUCUGUACUUUCCUGCAGGGGAAAAAAAAGUUAAUUUCUUGAGGAGACUCUAUUAAGUUAGCCUUUAAUCCUUGCAUUUCUGCUGCAAGGUAAGAUUUUCCAACAACUAAGAAGAUCUAGUGUUUCACUUCAGAAGUGUGUUGUUAAUUUUUAUUAUAAACAUUUCUGAAUAAAAAAGAGGAUAUCCAAGUGUUCUUGUUUUCCUGCCUGUGAAGGAUACACACUGUGCAUUUAUAUUGGACUUUUCAUCCAUGAAUUUGUCUGCCAAAAACAUUUAGCCAUUUAAGAUAAAUGGACUAUACCUUUGAGCACCGUUAAGAAAUAGCAGUUCAUGAGUUUCUUAGAGUUAUCCGGCUGAUCAGUGUGGGAAACGAGAUGCUCAGUUAGAUACAUCUUCAGUUUUAAUUUUGGCAUAACCAUUAAGUAUGUCUUCCAUUCUUGAAGUACAGUUGCCACAUUCCCACAGAGUGGUAAGCCAGCAUUCUUUCUUCUGUUCGCUGGGGAAGAGAGGUGUGUUUGUAUAUAUGGUCUGCCAAAAUCAGAAAUGACGACUUCACCCAAUGUGUGAAUUUUGCAGCUGAGGCCUAUGCAAAAAUAGGGGCUUCUCUGUGACUCCUAUUUUGAUUCCUCUACAAAAUUGUAACAGAAAAAAAGUGAUACUGAUAAAAAUUUCUAAUAAAGGUUUUAACUUUGCCACAGAGCAUACACUAGUA